AUUUAGGGCCUCACUCCUGGAGUGUGGAUUACCUUAGGUAGCAGGUGUGGGUUUGGGUUGGGUCUUGAAAAUGGGUAGGAGUUUGCCAGCCAGAAAAGAAGACAACAGGUUGUGCGAGGCUCAGGGGCCCAAAAGAGGAUGCAGUGUUGUAGUAACAGCACAGAGGUUAGUGCAGGAGUGAGAUGGGGCUGAAAAGAUGGCUCCUGCCUGGAUCCCUGGGGGGUCUGCGUGCGGAGCAAGGAGUCUGGUCAUUACCUGUGGGCUAAGGGCAUCUGUUGGCUUGUCAGUAGGCACAGGACAGGCAGAAAGUUGUCAUUUAGAGAAUCAGCCGCCACAGGAUAGGAAGUUAUUGCUGGGUUCUGCUAACUGGUGCUGUGGGUUUGACAAGAUAGUUUAAGUGCAGAGGGGGCUGGAAGCAGGAGAAGCUUCUGAGGAAAAUCACCAGCAUCCGGUGGUGCACUGGAAGUGGGGAGGGAAGCACCACCACUGACCUGGUUGAACACAUCCCUUUAACCUGUGCUGGUGCCUGGGUGAAUGCAAUGCUCAAUCUUCCUGGAACCUCUAAGGGCGCAGAAUGAAGCCUGUGGCAGGGUCAGCUCUGCGCUGAUCACCGCCUCCCGCCGGCCGCGGGGCGGUGGAGGUCGGUCGCUGCUUGGCCAGCCCCGCAGGCGGCGCUGUAGGGACGGCCUGGCGACCGGGCAUGCGCCUUGCUUCGCCGGGCAGGGGGCGGGGCCGCCAGAACCCGGAAGUGGAGCAGCCCACGUGGGGGUCGAGAAGGCGGUUGUGCUUCGGCUACCUGGUUCUAGGCAAUUCUUCGAAUGGGGAGUCUGAGUUGGUCUUCCCUCUGUCUGAGGUGACGGGAUGAGGGCAGCUGUGAGGUACCUUUAACCCGUUUUGGGAACUGGUGAGGGCCCCGUCGGGAGUGACCACUUCUGAGGACGCAGCAGAGGCCAUCGGCCAUGUCACUGCUCUCGGCCCUCGGAGGCGUGACCUGGCUUCGCUCCGGUCACCUCCUCGCGCGUCAUUUCUCCCAAGCGGCGCGGCGUGGGGAGCGGCCCGGUGGGGAAGAGCUAAGCCGCUUGCGACUGGAUGACCUGGCACCGACCCCGCGGUCCGCGCAGGGAUUGGAACUUCUGUUUGGUCUGUCCCCGUGUCUCCUGGCUCUGCGGGCCGCCCGCCGCCGCGUGGCUCGGCUCCUGCUUCAGGCCGGCAGGUCUGGGCUUCAAGGGGAGCGGGCCGAGCUCCUCCGCGCGGCUGAGGCGCGCGACAUCCCAAUUCUGCGGCCCAGACGGCAGAAGCUGGACGCUCUGUGCCGCUACCAGGUCCACCAGGGCGUCUGCAUGGAGGUGAGCCCGCUGCGGCCCCGGCCCUGGACCGAGGCUGGGGAGGCGAGGCCGGGAGACAACCCCCAACAGUUGUGGCUUGUCCUCGAAGGGCUCCAGGAUCCCCGGAAUCUUGGGGCCGUGCUGCGCUCCGCUUACUUCCUCGGAGUGGAUAAAGUCAUCACCAGCCGGAGAAACAGCUGCCCGCUCACUCCGAUAGUCAGCAAGGCCAGCGCGGGGGCUGUGGAGGUGAUGGACGUGUUCUCCACUGAUGACCUGGACGGCUUUUUACAGGCCAAAGCCCGGCAGGGCUGGCUGGUGGCUGGCACGGUGGGCUGCCCCGGGCCUGAGAUUUCCGGGUCCUCUGAGAUCCCUGUCAUGAGUUGCUCAGAGUUCCUCUGGGACCGGCCUACUCUCCUGGUGCUGGGGAACGAGGGCUCGGGCCUAUCCCAGGGGGUGCAGGCCUCCUGCCAGCUUCUCCUCACCAUCCUGCCCGGCUGGCAGCUGCCUCCUGGACUGGAGUCCUUGAAUGUCUCCGUGGCUGCAGGAAUUCUUCUUCACUCCAUUUGUAGCCAGAGGAAGGGUUUCUCUGAAGAGAGGAAGAGAGAGCAACUUCUCCAAGGCUCCCGAGAACCCUCAGCCACGUCUGGAGGGCCCACAGUGUCCUCAGGACUGUCCUCAGGGUCAGAAAAAGAGAGGCAAGUGUUCCCCUAGGAAGCCUCAGUCGAGGUCUGCCAGAUAACUACAUUUCUUAGAAGAUGAGACUGGUGGACAUGAGGAAGAAGCCAACGGCCAUGCCACCAGGACACUUAAGCAGCCCUAGGGAGAGGCCCUGAGACCUGCUGCCAACAGCCAUGUGAGUGACUCAUCUUGAAAACGGAUUCUCCAGCCCCAGUCAAGCCUUCUGAUGACGGCAGCCCCGGCGGCCUGCUGAGCUACAGCCUCAUUAGAGAUCCUGAGUCAGGACGACCUGGCUCACACUGCUCCUGGAUUCCUGACCCUCAGAAACCAUAUACUGUGCCCAUGACACAGAAGUUACCAGUAGCACUUGUUGGGUGCCAGCUCUGAGUUCUAAACGCCACACCACCAUCUGUCACCUGCACAACCCCUGGGAGAGGGUGACAAUCACUCCUGCUGUGAAGAUGAGGAUGAUGCAGCUUUGAGAUCUUAGAUGACACAGCUGAUGCUCGGAGAGCCUGAUUGGGACCCUAUCGUCGAGGAGUUGUUGCAGCUGAGACUCUGCUGACUUGGACUGAUGAGCCUGGCUGGCUCUGGCCUCUGGCAGGAUGAGAGCUGUGUGACCCUGAUCCAAUCUCCUGCACUCUGAGCUGAGUUUCUGAGGACUGAGUGAGCAAAAGUAAGCGCUGGCCCCACCCUGGCUCUGGGAAGCUGCUCAGGUAAGACGUAUUUGCCCUCUGGCCCUAGAACCUGGCCUUUCUGCAGAAUCCCUCCCGGGUUCUGAAUGGAUAUAUCUGUUGUGUCCUCCGCUCUGGUCUUUCACUGAGGGCAGGACCACAUCACAUACAUGGUUGUUCCCAGCCUUAGCACUGUGUGUGGCGCAUUGGCUGCAGUCCACGAAUGGCUGUGGAAUGGAGUCACAGAGAGCAGCUGAUUGGGAGAUCCUCCACAUGUGAGACCUGAAUGUAGCCAGACCCCUUUCAGCCUCUGCUCUACCCCAUGCUCAUUCUGUAGCACACAUCAUAUAUAAUUCCCAAAGUCUAGGUGAGCAAAGUGGGUUUUACUCAAGUUUUCAUGGGAAGAUAGGGGAGCAGAUGACAUCACACACCACACUCCAAACUAAUCAUACCACCCACUGGACUUCUCUCUUCUCUCCUUCCAGACAGCACUCUUUCCCUCUUCUCCAAUCCCAGUUUCUUUAAAAAAAAUAAAUAAAUCAGACCCUCAUUUUGCAUCCACGCAGCAAAAUAAAAGCCUGGUAGGACACAGACCACCUGACCCCAUUUCACUUGCUUUAUCCCCUUUUUUGCACUAUGGCCAACCACCAGGACUCUGUGCCCUUGAAAGCCCAACAACCCCCUAAAGCAUGGGAGCAUGCUGAUUCCCUGAGGCUCAGAGAGGGGACAUGACUUGCCCCUGUCACCCAGCUUCUGUACAGGGCUCCUCCACUGCACCCCACCCUGCAUUGGAGGGGUCUAGUUUUGGCCCCCUCCCUGUGUCCAUUUGUCCCUGUGGGUGGGAGAUGCAGGGUGGAGCAGGAUUGCUCCUGGCUGGCUGGCUCCCCUCAUGGAGUUUGGGGUGCUAUACACAUUGAAUUUAGAUGUGGCUCUGAGCAGGCCAUUCAUUCAUUCCUGACCAUAUC